AUGAUAGACUGUGCCCGCACCAAAGGCCCUUGUUCCGUGAAGCCUGUCCCAGAUCCUCCACCUUGCCCUCCCCCCCCGCCGCCUCCCUUUCCAUGGAUCUAUGUCUGGUCUUCUUUGACGUUCCUAGGAAUAAUGGGCCUGAUAUUCUUCAUAACAAGAGAAGACUGCUUACCGUACAAGCGGCCGCCGAUGUCUAAACAUAUGUGGUGGAACGCGGAUCCGCCCGAUAUGAAGAAAUUGAAUUAUGUCGAAGAUUUUAGAAGGCACUCGAUGUAUUUCGCUGACUGCGAACAUUUCAUGGAUCCUAUAAAGUUUUAUCGGAAGAAGAAAGGUCCAGCGGUUUCUCUCGCGACUGGCUGGUGCGUGCUCCGAAUAGAUGCUGAUGAUCACGUUGUUUGGGUUAAGACUAUGUGCGGCGAACAACCGAUAUACUAUGAGAGAUGUUUGUUGGCUCCAGGAGCGAAGGCAAAAACUUUGUCUAUCUUCAAGUCGGCUCCCAAGGAGGUUCGCGAUCGAGUAACAACACUUCACACGAUUCGUGACUUGGAGAUAGCUUACAGGAAGGUGAAGUCAUCCAAGCAUGUUACAAUCAUUGGAGGAGGACUGCUUGGAACUGAGCUGGCCUGGUAUCUCGGAAGAAUGAAUAAGGUAGUGGAAAGGCCUGAUGACGAAGAACCAAUUCAAUUCGUUCACGUCAUAAAGGAUAAGGGACUGCUAGCGGGCAUCCUGCCGGAGUACUUGGGAGAGUGGGCGGUGGAGAAGAUCAAGUGCGAAGGAGUCACUGUUAUGCCCAAAACUCAAGUGUACGAUGCCUUCCCAUCUGAAGACGGCAGAUUGCAGUUGACUUUAUCAAACGGAUCAUCAAUGGUUACGGACUAUGUUUUAGUUGCUAUCGGCUCAGAGCCUCGUGAAGAUUUGGCUGUUCCCUCGUUUCUUGAACUGGACCCUGUUAAUGGAGGUUUUCUUGUCAACACUGAACUCGAGGCUCGAACACAUUUAUAUAUAGCUGGUGACGCGGCAAGUUUCUACUCCCAAUGGAAGGACACUCGUCUCAGGUUGACAAAUUUCGGUAGCGCUGAGGAGCAAGGUCUGAUAGCGGGCGCCAACAUGACCGGCUAUUGGACCCCUUGUAAUAUGGAGCCGCACUUUGAACUCAAGCUGGGAGAAUCGCUACAAGUUGAGGCUGUGGGUGAAGUUGGUGCCUGUAUGCCAACUAUCGGCAUCUUCAAGCCAUGUAAUGAAGACGUCCAGCCACAGAUCAAGUCUGGAUCACAAGGAGAUGGCGAUCGACCUUGUUAUAAGAAAUCGGAAGAAUACAAGAAUAGGUACAAAAGAGGUAUGCUGUUUUACUUGCGAGAUGAGACGGUGGUAGGAAUGAUAUUUUGGAACAUGCCACCUGUAGAUGAUCGAUACAUGGCGGCCACUGAGCUUCUUCGAGCGCGCCCCCACUAUAAAGAGAUCAAUGUGCUGGCUCACCUCAUGGGCUUCGAAGAACUGAAGUGUGAUUACCUCAGCGAGGAACUAUUGAAAGAGGCUGGACCAUGCAUACAGAAGUAA